AUGUCAUCUAGUCUCGAUUACGCCUCGACGCUCUCGGCCGUCCGCGCCCAGCAGGCCGAGAACCCACUCUCCAUCCUCGCGCUGGCCGAGCCCAUGACGGCGUCACAGACGGAAUUCUUUUCAUCCGGGCGCAGCGCGACGAGACAGAGGCAAUCAGACGUCUCCUCCACCAACAAUGCCUCGACGGACACGGGCAUGGCCGACUCGCUCCAGCUGACGCCCGCGUCCCUCGCGGCCGACCUGGCGCACUACAAGGACCUCUUCUCCAAACUGCGCUUCAGCUACCUCGAGCAAGUGACCAAGGAGAAGUACCUACGGAGCAUCGUGGGCGACCCGCCCAGCGUCGUGGGCCACGAGGAAAACGCGGUGCUCGAGGUCCGCCUGGGCGCCAUGAAGGCCGAGCUCCAGGACAAGAAACGCGGCGUCGACGCGCUCGUAGAGAACAUGGAGGCGCAAGCGAGGACGUUGGCGGCAGUGUACGAAGACGUGAAUGCCAAGAUCGCCGUCCUGGAGCGCGCGAACCCCAAUGUCGACAGGUUGCGCGCCGAGGUUGAAGCGCUGCGACGCGAAUUGGUCCAGAGACAGGAAGGAGGAGAGGAUGGGGACACCAUCAACAACAGCCGCAACAACAGCGCGAACGCGAGAAAAAGAAGAGAACGUGAUGAUCCUCGCAUGAAUUUGAGUCUGGAUGAGACGGCGAGGGCGCUCGAGGAACAGAACGCCCGCAUGGCGGGAGUCGAGGAGCGCAUCGACGCGCUGGAGAGGGACAUCCCCUCUAAAGUCGCCAGGCUGGAGGAGGUGGACCGCGAGUUGGCCGAGCUAGAUCGCAGAAGGAACGAGAGCGUCAGGCUUGCCGUCGAGGGGAAACGGAGGAAGGAAGCAGGUGGAAGGGAUGAGGUUGAGGAGUUGGGGAAGUGGUAUCGUUGUCAAGAGGUCGUGAUGAAGGGGUUGGGGUUGGAUGUGAACGAGUAG